UAUAUACACACACUGUAAUAUAUUCCCCCGAAAAACGACGCCACGCACCUCCAACGACACCCUUUCUUUUUCUCUCCCUCGGAAAGCAAAAAAUAAAAAUCACAACUUGUGAAGCAAUCCGUCUUCUUCUUUCUCUGUACAAAUCUCUGUUCUUUUUCAAAGACUCGAUUUUUUUGCAAAAACCCGAAACCUUAAAUUCGCAAUCUUGAAUCACAAUUGAUUAACAGAAACGGCAUAAAGAAAAAGAUGGGUUGUACCCAAUCAAAGAUCGAGAACGAAGAAGCAGUUUCGAGAUGCAAAGAGCGCAAACAAUUCAUGAAAGAAGCUGUGUCUGCCCGGAAUGCUUUUGCCGCCGCACACUCCGCCUACUCUAUUUCCUUGAAGAACACCGGCGCUGCCCUCAGUGACUACACACAAGGUGAAAUCGCUCACCGCCCUUCUUCUCCCUCCUCUGCCGCUGCCGCCGCCUCCGUCGCAGCUGCAACUUCUUCUUCCGUCGCGCCACUCCCUCCCCCGCCACCCCCUCUUCCGACCUUUCAGACUACGCCGCCGUUGCAGCGUGCGGCGAGCAUGCCGGAGAUGAAGAUCCAGAAGCCGCCAGAGGCGAAGUCGGUGGGUCCUACUAUAUUGGAGGAGGAAGAACUAGAGUUUGAAGCUCAAGAUAAUGAGAAAUUGACGAGAAAGAGAAGUAGUAGUAAUAGAGGGGCAACUGGGGUGGUCCCACAACCGCCACAACCACAGCCACAACAGCAUCAGUGGAAGGAGGAGGUUAUGAGGGCCCCAAUGAAUCAAGGAUCAUAUUGGGGUGAUUACAUUUUUGCCCCUGCUGAGAGCAUGCCGGGACCCAGUCUGGCUGAGCCGCCAGCUAUGGUGGAGGAGGAGGAGAUGGUGGAGAAGGUGAGCAAAGUGGCACAUAUGGAGGUGGAGCCAACGCCUUCUUUGGUGGUAGAGGAGAAGGUGGAGAAGGAGAAGGCUGUGGAGGUGCCAGUGCAUGUUCCAAUGCAAGGAGUGGAGAAGAAGGUAGCAAGGAAAGUCGGUGGAGGUGGAGAAGUGGGGAGGAGGCCAGGAAAGCCAGUGAAUUUGAUACAGAUAUUUGCUGAUCUUGAUGAUCAUUUCUUGAAAGCUUCUGAAAGUGCUCAUGAAGUUUCUAAGAUGUUGGAGGCUACUCGGUUGCAUUAUCACUCUAAUUUUGCUGAUAAUCGCGGACAUAUUGAUCACUCUAAAAGAGUGAUGCGUGUUAUUACAUGGAACCGGUCAUUUAAAGGACUGCCUGAUGUUGGUGAUGGUAAGGAUAAUUUUGAAGAAGAGGAGCAUUUAACUCAUGCUACGGUGUUGGAUAAGAUGCUAGCUUGGGAAAAGAAGCUUUAUGACGAAGUGAAGGCAGGUGAAAUUAUGAAAUUUGAAUACCAAAAGAAGGUUGCUUUGCUGAAUAGGCAGAAGAAAAGGGGUAGUAACUCUGAAUCAUUGGAGAAAUUAAAAGCAGCUGUAAGCCAUCUGCAUACAAGAUACAUUGUAGACAUGCAAUCGAUGGAUUCAACAGUUGCAGAGAUAAACCAUUUGCGUGAUGAACAAUUAUAUCCAAAACUUGUUCAGCUUGUUGAUGGGAUGGCUACGAUGUGGGAAACCAUGCAAUAUCACCAUGAUAACCAGUCAAAGAUUGUAUAUGCCCUGAGAUCUUUGGACAUUUCUCAGUCCCUCAAGGAAACCAGUGAAUAUCAUUAUGAUCGUACUUGUCAGCUGUGUGGUGUUGUGCGAGAUUGGCAUGCACAGUUUUGUAGACUUAUAGACUAUCAGAAAGAUUACAUAAAGGCACUCAACAAUUGGAUAAAGCUAAAUCUCAUUCCUAUAGAGAGCAAUUUGAAAGAGAAGGUUUCUUCUCCACCAAGGAUCCAGAAUCCCCCAAUUCAUGUGCUUCUCAUAGCUUGGCAUGAUCACUUGGACAAACUCCCAGAUGAGAUUGCAAGAAGUGCAAUAAGCAACUUUGCUGCUGUUGUCCAGACCAUUGUACAUCAUCAAGAAGAAGAGGUAAAGAUGAGGGAGAAGUGUGAGGCUACACGAAAGGAGCUUAGCCGUAGGAUUAGGCAACUUGAUGACUGGAAAAAUAAGCAUAAUGUAAGGGAUGAUGAACUGGAUCCAGAGGCGGAAGAAGAAAACCCUCACAGGAAUGCUAUGAUGGAGAGGCAGGGUGUCGUGGAUUUAUUGAAGAAGCAGUUAGAAGAGGAAGAGGAAGCAUGCCAAAAGCUUUCCCUGCAGGUGAGGGAGAAGUCUUUGGCGAGUCUCAAAACACGCUUGCCAGAGCUCUUUAGGGCAAUGUCUGAUAUUGCUCUAGCUUGUGCAGACAUGUACAGUAAUUUGAGGUCCAUAGCACACCACAACUCAUCACGAGAUUAAAUUUUACGCUUUUGUAUUUUUUUGGUUCUAUACCCUACAGAAUAAUAAAUCUCAGAAAUGAAAUUGCUUGUAUUAUUUGAUAUACAACUUGUAAUUUUGCUAUAAUCUUUAUAUGGAACCAGUCCCAGAAGCAUGUGUUUGUUUCGUCAAA